AUGACAACAUAUAACUCCAAUCCCCAGGCAACAUUACCUCCCUCUGAUAUUCAACAACAUACCAACCAAACCUCGAACAAUGCUAAUGCAACGCAAUCAAAUGGAGCCACACCUCAUGGUGAUGCAGAAAAAUGGCCGUUGGAUCGGGUGUUACUCUGGCUAGCUAACAAUGGCUUUUCGCAAGACUGGCAGGAGACAUUCAAAGCAUUAGAUCUAAAAGGAUCUACAUUUCUCGAGCUGGGCUCGAGGGGCAACCUUGGCAAAAUGCAUCAAGUUGUAUACCCUCAACUAGCAAAGGAGUGUGUCAAAAGUGGGACCGGAUGGGAUCAUGCCCGCGAGCGGGAAGAAGGGAAACGUAUGUGUAAGCUCAUUCGGCGGAUUUCUAGUACCCUUGGAUCUGACACCGGCGGACAUGGACGGUAUUACGAAAAUGCGGCUUCACACAGUGCAUCCACAGAUGGCGGGAUAGAAAACUCGCCCAAUUUAAACCGGGAACCCAUGUCAGCUGUAUCGAAUAAUGUUGCCUCCGAAAACAGCCCUGGUCCCCAGUUUGCUGAAGUUGACACAUCAAAUACUGCACAAAGACAGUAUUCAAGUCAACAUAUGACUGUUCCGAACACUGACACCGCGACAAAUGAUGGUAAUGGACAUGAUGGUACCCUUCGUCGAAAGCAGAGUCCAUCGAUUUCAAGUGACACGGGUUUCCCACCUCCGACAUACUCUGACAGUAAAUCUCACGCUAAUAGCCCUGCCGCGCAAUUUGCAUCUCUUGCUUCUCCCGGUCAUCACAAUAAACGAAAUAGUUCUGACUCAACUAUGAGCCGUGGCUUAUCAUCUCAGGGUGGGACUGCUCCCAGCGGUCCAAAUUCCUCUAUUCGGACCAGCAUCGGUGCUGCACUCGGAGACUGGCGUGCUGGGCACAACUCCUCUCCGCAAGAACAGCAGAAACAAGUGAAUGAGACUCCCCAUACUCAGGGCAAAAGUCUGUUCCACAUAUUUAGAAAAAAGAACAACCAUGAGAGUCAUCAUCAAUCCUCCGAUGAGAUGUUUGAUUCUCCAACAAGCCCGGGGGUUGGCGUUCGCAACACUCCCCCUUUUGCCACUUCCUGUCAGGUACCAUCAACUGUACCAGAUUACGACAAACCUCGAGGCCAGUCGUGGGGUAUACCACCACCUUCACCCGCCAAGAAAUUUGUAUUUGGAACAGUUGAUGGAUGGAACUUUCGCUUGAUUGACGUUUCCGAUGUUGAUGCUGCUGAUUCACUCCGGGCACUCAUCUGCAAUAGUGUCGGUAUCAAAGAUCCCGGAAGCGCUUUGAUUUACCUCACUGAGCCCGGCCAGAUCAUGCACGAAGAACCCCUUAGUGACACUAUGCUUGUUGUCAAUCGUCGUGCCAGAUCUGACCACUUGGGUAGUUUGAAGUUCUUCAUCCAGAGUAUUGCCAUGCCACCAUCAGCGGGUUUAGGGGUCACUUUUGAACGAUCAGUGAACGGUUACAGAGUCCCAUUGGAUAUGACUGAAGAUGAUAGUGCAACUCGAGUUUCUACAGCACGACGAGUUCCUCCAGCGGAGAGAUCCCAGAAUGGCUUAUCCAACACAAGUGUCUUUCCAACUCCUAACGGAGGUCAGGCCGCUAACUUAAACUUUUCGUCCGACCAAGAAAAGGAGGUCCUCAUACAACGUGCGCACGAACAGCAUCUCCGCGAUGCCGAACGUAAACAGAAGGCUUACCUUGAAUCCCGGAAGGAUAGAAUACAACGAACAGAAAUCACUACUGGAAAUACUGCUGUUAGUAUCAAGGGCGACCGUGUUAUCGAUUUCAACGCUCCUCGAACUUCUCCGUAUGAGGAUAAAAGACAAGAGACUCUGAUUCCGUUGCGCAAGCCACCACUAGCCCCAUCAGAGUCGAAUACCCUCACUAAAGUCAACUCCCUUAGCAAGAAACCUGAGGAUCUUCGAAUGAGGAAUUCAAAGGAGUUCCAGCCAGAUUUCCACAGGCAAGCUUCCUCAGAUGCCAAAUCUAAUUCUCCAGGGAUUGGCUUUGGUCUAGGGGCUGCUUUGGCGAGUGUUGGAAAGAUGUCAGGAGUAAUUGGAACACCCAUGGGAUCAUCUACUGUUCCCAGCCACCCUGCUGACAGUGCAGUGAGGACAGAAUCUCGCCUCUCUGAGUCUGGGGCCAUAUCACCAGGUACAGCUGCAUUUUCUGAGAAAAAUGUGCCGGCUCGCAGUGAAAAUGUCGAAAGAGAUAAUGAUAACGCUGUUCGAAAUCCUGUCAGCGAAUGGACUAGCCAACCAGAUGAGCGUCCUGCUGCAUCAUCAGAUUCUACGCUGCCAUCGAAACCAACACUACAAACACGAAAGUCUUAUGGUCCUGAUUUCGAUUUCCAGGAAUCUACCGUUCCGUUUGCCAAAUCUCCCUUACCACAAGAGGAUUCAGAUGAAGAUUCUGAUUCUGGCCUUUUCGCCAAACCUAUAGCACGACCGGCCCCUCCCCAGGCUAAGAGGAAACCGGUUGCAAGCAGCUCUAAAAUCGAGGAACUGAAACCGACUUUGAAGGUUAAUACGGAGCCUAGGUCUGUCAAGGGCCGUUCUGUGGCAUUCAAAUCGCCAACCACGGCAGCAGUCUCUGGGGGGAAUUUCCCAGGAAGUUCCAUGUUCGAUGGAACUGAAAAUCAGAAUUCCGCUGAUGCUGACACAAGCAACCCAUCUACCGAUGAUCGCGAUUACGACAGACGACGUGAAUCAUUCGUCAGGGAUGAUAUUUGGGCAAGCAGACCCCCUGUGGAAGGGAUGAUUGAUCAUCUAGACGACUUUUUCCCGGGCGUUGACCUAGAUGAACCUUACCUGGAUGGGAAUGCCCAGUCUCCGCCCUUAUCACCUUCCGGACCAUCCUCUCGGGAUGAAGCAGAAUCGGAAGCAACAGAUAUCAGUGCCGCUACAACACAAACUACUGGCACGACGACGGCAUAUACAACCAUGACGGACCUUCCAGAUGUGCUAGGGUCAGCGGAAUCAACACUUAAAGCAAAGAGAAUACCAAGUACUGUGGCGCACCGGAACUUGUCACGCUCAGGAGGACUGAACAGGAUGAAAUCCAUUCGUGAAGUAGCAAAGGGAGCCCAUCAAGUGAACCGACACCAGAGUAUACAAAACAAGGGUGCAGCUGCAUCUGGGAUCCUUCGAAGGAAGAGUACCAAAAUGUUUGGUGCUAAAAUAAUGCAAAUUAGCCCAAAGCCAGGGACACGAUUAAGUGAUUUGGACCCAAUACCACAACAGCCCUCUGCAAUGAUACAACAAGGCAAGCUUCCACAGCGUCAACCUACUUUCCGUAUCAUCAGGGGUCAACUGAUCGGAAAAGGAACAUAUGGAAGAGUUUACCUGGGUAUCAACGCCAAUACUGGUGAAAUUUUAGCUGUGAAACAGGUAGAGGUGAACCAAAAAGCUGCCAAUUAUGACAAAGACCGCGUUAAAGAACUGGUUGCUGCCAUGGACCAAGAAAUUGACACCAUGCAGCAUUUGGAACACCCUAAUAUCGUUCAAUACCUCGGAUGCGAGCGAGGGGACCUUUCGAUAUCGAUUUAUCUUGAAUAUAUUCCCGGAGGUAGUAUUGGAAGUUGUCUUCGAAAACAUGGAAAAUUCGAAGAGAGUGUUGUGAAAUCCUUGAACCGCCAAGUGCUAAGUGGUCUUGCUUAUCUGCAUGACCAGGGAAUUCUUCAUCGAGAUCUAAAAGCUGAUAAUAUCUUGCUUGAUCUUGAUGGUGCAUGCAAAAUUUCCGAUUUUGGUAUCUCGAAGAAGAGUGAUAACAUUUAUGGUAAUGAUGUUACCAAUUCCAUGCAGGGUUCGGUUUUCUGGAUGGCCCCAGAAGUAGUUCAAUCCCAAGGCCAAGGAUAUAGCGCCAAAGUUGACAUCUGGUCACUUGGCUGUGUGGUCCUGGAGAUGUUCGCGGGUCGACGACCAUGGAGCAAAGAAGAAGCUAUCGGAGCGAUUUUCAAGCUGGGGAGCUUAAACCAAGCACCUCCUAUUCCUGAGGACGUUGCACUUGCAAUUGAACCCGCUGCUCUUGCAUUCAUGUAUGACUGUUUCACGAUGUGA